AUGGCAGACUCCAAAGCAAAGCAGACAGCUGCACGAAUAAUAUCCAAACUGCCCGGCGCAAUCAAACCCUCCUCGCCUUCCUCCAAACCACGAGUGUUGUCUCGGUUCGAGUUGAAAAACAGACUCUCUCCCACCGCUAAAAAUAAAGACACGCCCUCGCCCAUCGAUAUAAACGCAUUCUAUAAAGAACGUCCCUCCCGCUGGUCUGCCUUUCGAAGUCGAUUUCGCGCUCGCUACGAUGCUUUGCCAACAUCAGUUCGAUGGACUUUUCGUGCGCUUCGAACUAUUGCGCCCAUAGUGCCAGUGGGGAUAUUCUUUUCCGAGCAUGUGCUUCAACUCAUGUGGGUUGCCGGACCGUCUAUGACGCCGUAUCUAAAUGAGAACUAUGAGCAGACACAGACGGAGAGUGAUAUUAUUCUUGUGAAUUUGUGGCCGUGGGGGACCGUGUGGCCCUGGAAUAGGACGAGGAGGUUGGAGAGGGGGAUGGUUGUUACGUUUCGGUCACCUGCGAAUCCCGAGCAUAUAGCCAUUAAACGAGUUAUCGCCCUCCCAGGCGACCGCGUCAUGACACGAGAACCAUGUCCACGACCCUCGCAAAUAGUCCCCUUCAAUCAUGUCUGGUUAGAAGGUGAUGCGGACGAUCCACGCAAAUCGCUUGAUAGUAAUACUUACGGCCCAGUGAGCAUCAAUUUGAUUACGGGUAGUGUGGUGGCGGUGCUAUAUCCGCGCAUGAGGCUUCUGAAAUGGUGGGAAUGGGAUCCGCCUGCUGAAGCCCAGGCGGGUUCUGAUUCACAAAAGGAGGCGGGAGAAGCGUAUCGAAGUUCGGUUAGAGAUAGAGUUGUUAAACAAGCUGUUAAGAUUGAGGUACCUGGAUUGGAUUGA